AUGAUGUCCGUAGCUUGGUUGUGGACAGCAUUACUAGGAGGAUUUACACUUGUUUUCUUCCUAAAUGCCUUAUUAAUCAAGAACAAGAACAAGAAAUUGCCCCCGGGUCCAAGAGGGCUCCCUCUUCUGGGACAUCUCCAUCUUCUGGGAAAGAAUGCUCACCAAGAUUUGCAUAAGCUGUCCAAGCAGCAUGGUCCAAUCAUGCAUUUACGAUUUGGGUCCGUGUCAAACAUCAUUGUUUCUUCCCCUCGUGCAGCUGAGCAAUUCCUCAAGACACAUGAUCUGGUUUUUGCCAGUAGGCCACCUCUCGAGGCAGCUAAAUAUUUGAGUUUCGGGCAAAGAAACUUGUCCUUUGCUCAAUAUGGUUCAUAUUGGCGAGAUGUCCGCAAGUUUUGCACCUUAAAUUUGCUUACCAACCUUAAGAUAAGGUCAUUUGAAUCUAUGCGGAGAGAGGAGAUCGGACAAUUUGUGGAAACACUCAAACGGGCUGCUCUAAAUCGUGAUGUUGUUGAUCUCAGUGCUGGGAUUUCAUCCUUAAACGCAGACAUGAGUUGCCUGAUGGUUUUUGGAAAGAAGUAUGCAGACAAGGAAUUUGACGAGAGAGGCUUCAAAGCUGUAAUUCACGAGGGAGGGCAACUAGCUGAGACUCCUAAUCUUGGCGAUUACUAUCCUUGUCUUGCAAAACUUGACCUUCAAGGAUUGACCAGGAGAAUGAAAGCUACUUGCAAAGUUUUUGAUGAAUUUUUGGAGAAGAUUAUUGAUGAGCACGAAAAAUCUGCCAAGCAAGAUAGGCCAGCAGAUGACUUUGUCCAUACCAUGUUGGCCCUCAUGAAAUCUGGAGAAACUGAGUUUCAAUUUGAUCGCCGCCACGUCAAAGCUAUUCUGAUGGACAUGCUUGCAGGAGCAUUGGAUACUUCAGCUACAGUUGUUGAAUGGACACUGGCAGAGCUCCUGAAAAGCCAGCGAGUAAUGAAAAAAGUCCAGCAAGAAUUGGAGGAAGUCGUAGGACUUGACAGGAUGGUUGAGGAAUCAGAUUUAGAAUACCUGAAUUACUUGAAUAUGGCUGUAAAGGAAGCACUGAGGCUUCAUCCCGUGGCACCAUUGCUUGUCCCUCAUGCAGCAAUGGAAGAUUGCAGUGUCGAUGGCUUUCAUAUACCAAAGAAUUCACGAGUGAUUAUCAAUGUUUGGACAAUUGGGAGAGAUCCAAAUGCAUGGUCUGACCCUGAGAAGUUUAUUCCAGAGAGAUUUAUAGGAAGCAAUAUAGAUGUCAAGGGGCAUGAUUUCCAGCUUCUUCCCUUUGGCUCAGGUAGAAGAGGCUGCCCUGGAGUGCAAUUGGGGCUCACUGUAGUUCGUCUUCUGGUGGCACAAUUGGUGCAUUGUUUCAAUUGGGAACUUCCAAAUGGAAUGCUGCCUUCAGAGCUGGACAUGACUGAGGAAUUUGGACUUGUAAUGACCAGGGCCAACCAUCUGAUGGCUGUUCCAACCUAUCGAUUGAGCAAAUGA